ACGUUAUUUGACUUCCGAAAAUGAGUUUGUCACGAUGCAAAUGAAAACGAAGCCCAGUCACCAUAAUUGGCUUGACUGACAGCCAAAAGCGAACACGUGGCUUUCUCCUGACUGGUUGCGAAGAUUCCGACCACCGUAACAGAAUUACAAAGCAGAGCCCAGGCUUAUAUAGAAGGCUGAUAUUUGCGGAGGGCUCACGAAACGAGGAGACAAAUCCCCGAAGGUCCAGUGCGGCAAGCGUGUGAAGACUCAACAUGGACCAGUGAGGAAGACGCAGUCCCCCCGCAGUCACAUCGCGGCUUCAGCUUCGAACCUUUUCCCCCCCGUCUCCUUUUCCAUAAAAGCCAUACAAGUGUAGUUAAAUUCUAUAUCACGGUCGUUGAACAGACUAACAUCGGAAAGCGAGUUUGGCAUCAUGACCUUGCGUCUCUUCCCACUUUUGAUGCUUUUCAUCGCCGCGACCCAAGUUUUUGGCGAGGAGAACACCCUUCAAGAAAACGAUGAUUACUGGACCAACGACAACCACAUUCAGGACAACUGGAUGUCCAGUGACCCCUUCAGAGAAAUACUUUUGAGGAGGACAAGAAAGCCACGGCCGCAUCAGUUUAUCGGCCUGAUGGGGAAGCGCUCAAUGGCAAAGACAGAGAUACGACGCAAAAGGCAUAAAGUCAACUCUUUUGUUGGGUUGAUGGGGAAAAGAAACCAAGAAGAUCCAGAUUCUUAUGAAUGGAGCACAAUACAGAUGUACGACAAGCGACGCUAAAACUCCGCAUCUGCCCGUUUCCCAUCUUGGCAUUCCUCAUCUGUGACGGGGCUCUCUACUAUGUUUGUUUUAUUUUGUAGAUGUUCAUUGCUGUUCAUCAAAUAAAAGACUUCUGUUUCCAUGUUUCA